GAUCCGGAGGCAGUCAAAGAAGCCCGGAAGCUUGAGCAGCGGGAUCCAAGAUUUCACAUAGCGCACCGCCCUUUUUCGGAGCUGCGCCAGGAACUUGCGGGCCGCAAGAUUGAUGGGAUCAUGAUGGAUCUCGGCGUGUCAAGCCCACAGCUUGACGACCGAGCCCGUGGAUUCAGUGUUACCCAGGAUGCUGACUUGGAUCUCCGGAUGAACCAGGACGUGGGAAUCCCAGCUUGGCAAUGGCUCAGGCAGACAUCCAUGGAGGAGAUCGCCUGGGUCAUCCGCGAGUAUGGUGAAGAUGGCGAUCCCAUCAUUAGCGAUCGGAUUGCCUAUGCCAUCAAAACAAGGCUCGCUAGUGGACUCGAAUUGCGGACAACAAAGCACCUCGCUGAGUUGGUUCGCAAGGUCAAGAAUAACUGGGAUGACCGCGGCCAGCAUCCGGCGAAGCUGACUUUCCAGGCUAUCCGCGUUCACCUGAACCAGGAGAUGCAGCAGCUUGAUGAGGUGCUCGAUGCAGCCAUGGAGAGUUUGGUUGAUGGCGGCAAGUGCGCCAUCAUAGUCUUCAAGAAGAAGGAGACCGAUGCUGUCGUAUCCUUCGUGCGGCAUCAUGAAGAGCCCUACCAAACGAAUGGGUAUUUGGAUGGCUUGAGUAGGUCCCGACUGCUGGAGCUUUUCCCCGGCAUGGCCAGCGACAAAAAGUGGUGCGUGGAAAUCACGCGAGAUGCUAUGAAGCCACGUGAAGUAGAUCGUCAGGAGAAUCCACGCACAAGGUCUGCAGUGGUUCUUACCCUCCGGAAGCGAGACAGGGUCUUUUUAUCACUGGAAGGCGUCUCGACUCGUCCAAACUCUGAGCGAUUCAAGAAGCCAACGCAAAGGCCAAUCUUUGCAGGGACGGACAGCUGUGUCAGCAAUGGCGUAGGGCACUCUCCCAAGGAAGAUGUGCCGCCACCGACCGGCGACUGGCUUCCACCCGAGCAAGGCGCUUCACAGAGGGUUUGCAGAGGAUGCCCCGCUCCCACCAGCAGCUAG